AUGUUUGAAGUGUCUAAAUGGGUAUUUUUACUAUCAUAUAUGUCGCUAGUGGCGCUACAGUCGAUCGGUCAAGACGGCAAUUUCCGACCUCAAGAAGUUAUCGAUAAUGGACCCCAAGGUCGAAACUUACUAGACUGGAUUGGAUUUGGUACCGGUCCUGAGACUGAUCCUUAUUUAGCUCAGGCCAACGGUGCUUGUUUAAAUGGUGAUCUAGCAGAAUGCUUUAAAUCGAGAGCUCUAGCGUCUUUUGAGGACUUUUUUACAAAACCGGAAUAUUAUCUCAGUGAAAAUGCCCGGAUUAGAAGGAUGCCCGAAACUCAACUUCGACAGUUAUCUCAGGAGCCUUACGAAUAUUCGGAAAGUCCCAGAGCCGAUGAGCCAGAGUGGGACCAACUUCUUAAAUUUGGCAAGAGAAAGCUAGAAAAGUUCUUAAAGUCAACCGUAUUUGAGCUUGACUUUGACGAAGAAGUUACGGAGAGGGGAAGAUACUCACCCAGAUUUAUUGAUGAAAUUGCAGGAGAAAUCGAUAUUAUAGAAGAUAAAAAAGAUACUUUAUUUAAAAGAAAGCAAUUGAAGAAGCUCUUCAUUCCUCUGCUGUUGGUUUUGAAAUUGUUUAAACUGAAGUUAUUACUUUUCCUUCCGCUUAUUUUGGGACUAGCCUCAUUCAAGAAACUACUCGGCUUUCUUGCACUUAUUAUUCCAGGAGCUAUUGCAUUUUUCAAUUUCUGCAAACCAAUUCUGAAACAAAAUGGAGGCUCUUUCUUCGGCCCUGUCGGUCCACAAUAUUCACCAGCCGGAAUUGCUUACCAACAACAUUAUUCUCCUAACUAUCAACACCAGCAAUAUAACGACUAUCCACACCAUGGUUACGGAUCUGGUGUUCAUUUCAGAAACGACGAAGAAUCUGCUCAAAAUUUAGCUUACAAUGGUUGGAGGGAGUACAGAAGUAAGGAUAAAGGAAUAGAAGCAGAGACUACACCUACGAAGAAAUCUAUUUUACCAGACUCAUAA